AUGGCUGGCUUCCUCCUUGGCCCUAUUGCUCCGCCACCGUCGGGGCUCUUGACUUCCCCCGAUGUGAGAGCUGUUACUGCGAAUCUGUCAACCUCCCUGAUUCAGGCCAUUCAUCAGGGCCACAGCAGCUAUGGAGACUUCACUGCCAAUUCGUCCUCGAUCUCCAUCACGGCAUUGUCCACCCAGGAUGAUCAGGACUCUCCCUUCUUUGACUUCCAUUUUUCAUCGCCUCUUUUGAACCAUUCGGCUGGCAGCACCGAAGACGUGACCAAUACCUCCUUGUACAGAAUCGGUAGCGUCUCCAAGCUCUUCACUGUGUAUACACUUUUGGUCAAUUACGGUUGGGAGCAUUGGGAUGACAGCAUUACUACGUACCUUCCUGAACUUCAAGACGCUGCUAAUCUCGAUGACGAUACUUCGGUUGCGCAUGUCGACUGGAGCAAGAUCACGAUCGGAGAUCUUGCCUCGCAGCUAUCUGGUAUCAGCAGGGAUUAUUCUUAUGGAGACUUGGCCGAUAUUGAUGGCCCCUGGUCAGAAGCUGGAUUGCCUUUACUGCCACCAGAGGAUGUUCCACAAUGCGGAGGAAAUGCUAGCAUGCCACCGUGUAAUCGCAAAGGUAUCGUGCUCGCUAUCCACGUUUCUCAAUAUUCAUACUCAUCACUGCUUCUAGAAUACUUCCAGGGUCUACUCGGGAGAGCUCCGAUUUUCGCACCGCAAACGACACCCGUCUAUUCAAACACUGCCUACCGACUGCUCGGAUAUAUCUUGGGAGCAAUCAGUGGUAGUCGAUUCGACGAAUUGCUUCAGUCUUCAGUCCUUCGACCUUUGAACCUGACAACCACCACUUAUGCGAUUCCUAGCGGCGAAGGCUCGUGGGUAAUUCCAAGCGGUGAGAGUGGCUGGUAUCAGGACACUGGUGACGAGACACCUACAGCAGGGAUGUACUCUUCGUCGUCUGAUUUGGCAAAGUUUGGCCGUGACAUCCUGCUUAACAAGCAGCUUUCACCGGUCGCCACUAGACGCUGGAUGAAGCCGAGUUCUCACACCUCAAGUCUUUCUUUAUCCGUGGGCAGUCCCUGGGAGAUCAUGAGGACCAAGAGUCAGAUAUCCCACGGCCGCACCAUUGACCUGUACACUAAGUCUGGGAGUAUCGGCCAGUACAACUCGCUUCUGAUUAUCUCCCCGGACUAUGGCGUUGCGCUUUCGAUACUGGCAGCCGGUCCAAGCAGCGCGGCGGUUGUUGAGGUCGCCUCCGAAACUGUCCUGCAGUCUUUGAUCCCAAAUUUGGAGAAUCAGACCCUUUAUGAAGCAUGCAAGAGCUUGUGUGGGACUUAUGAGUCGUCCGAUCUGAGCAAAAACUCGAGUCUUACCGUAUCCGCGGACAGGAAUGGCCUCCAAGUGGAGCAGUGGGUCAGUCGUGGUGUUGACUUUCUGGCGGUUGUAGAGGCUUAUGCUUCUCAGACCGGCAGCCUGCCAGUUAAAGUGAUGUUGCAGAUGACGAAUAUAGGGUAUUCGCCAAAUAGUCAAGGCAACGAUGUCGGGUCUCGUCGCGUGGCAUACCGAGCCAUUUUUGAGACAGACACGGGUGAAUUGAAUGGCCAACAACGGAUUAUGGACCAAAGCGCAGGUCUAUGGAGUGCGGUUGAUACUCCAAUGUACGGGGAAAUCGCCAUUGAUGAGUUUGUCGUUCAUCUCGAUCAUUCUGGGGUCGCUUUGGCGAUAGAGCCUCGAGUUAUGAGAGACACACUGUACAAGGUUUGA